AUGUGGACUGCUCUCUUGUGCCUUUUAGCCUUUUCUAGUGUUGGAAGCCCUUCUGAAAAUGCCUCCAAAUCGACUGUAGAAGAAAAACCAGUAAUUGCCAGAGGAAAGCUGUUGGCCCCCAGUGUGGUGGGAUGAUCCAUCAAGAAGAUGCCAGAGCUCCGGGAAUUUCUCAUGGAGCGCUGGGCACUGUAUCAUAACCUUGAAUAUGACUCUGGGGAGGAGAAGAAGCCACGGCUUAUUUUCUACAAUGAGAAAGAUGAAGUUGUGAAGACCGUGCGAGUGAAGAAGAUGAAAGCGGAUGAGAUCAGCAGCCUGCUGGACUCCCUGGGCUUCUACCGGAGGUCUCAAAAGGGAGAAGAGGUCCCAGAGGAAUACCAGCACUAUCCGCUGCGGGCUCCCCGGGAUGAACUGUGA